AUGGAAGAAGAUGAGAUGGGCACGGUUUUGACCACUGCAUGGGUAAUUUGGGGAGCCCGCUGUAAAUUUCUGGUGGAGAAUACUGGAGGUGUCCCUACGGAAACACUCACCUAUGCUUUGAGGAUUAGUCGAGAGACGAUGGAUGCAAGCCCCCCACUCUCGGCGGCAGAUUCAAUCCUCUCGCCUCAUCCUGUCUCGUGGUCGAAGCCUGCUGAAACGAGGGUGAAGGUGAAUGUCGAUGCAGGUUGCUUGGCAUCUUGGGGGAGUGGGCUUGGGGUUAUUUGUAGGGACGCAAAUGGCACGGUGCUGGCUGCAGGAACGCAUCAAUUCCAAGUGGCGUGGGAACCUCGCAUAGCUGAAGCAAAGGCCAUCUACUAUGGCUUGAAGGUGGCGCUGGAGUUAGGCUAUCAAUAUAUUGACGUUGAAAGCGACAGUCUCUUAGCUAUCCAAGCUUUGAGGAGUGUCAAAGGGGGGUCUAGUGAUUUCAAUUUAAUUAUUGAGGAUAUUUUAGCGUUAGCUAGUUCUUUUAAUAAUGUUGCUUGGUGUUUUGUUAAACGUUCGAGGAAUAAGGUUGCUCAUAUGUUAGCCCAUCUCCAACCUUAG